AUGGGUCGGGUCAUAAACGGGUCAACCCAAAUUUACCACCCGAAUAACCAUGGAUUUGCGCGCUUUCGUGUAGUUCUCGCGGGCGGAGACGGCGUCGGCGACCUCCUGCCAGUGGGGCUGCUUGAGGUUGUCGCGGCGGAGGUGGAGGUAGCGCUCGCCCCAGGCGUCGAUGAGGGCGGAGGUGGCGCCGUCGCUCCAGCUGUCGCUAGGGUUAGAGUUUGGGUUCGGGGAGGGGUUCUGGAUGGGGAGGGCUACGGUCAGGGUCAGGGUCUAGGGAGGGGGAUGGGCGUUGGAGGAGGCGGCGACGGUGACGGUGGCGGAGGGCUGGGGAUCGUCGGAGUUGGUGUCUGGGUUUGA